AUGACAACAAUCGAGGAAUGUCAACAACAACGCCGUCUAACCUUUUUCCACCACCCACACUUUCUCGGACAGCCAUCGAAGUGGAAAUCGCUCGUCACGAGGGCAUCCUCGGCGUUUGCAAUGAUCGCAGGAUUCGUCACCAUGCUCGCUGCCGGUCAUGUCCCCACCAUCUUGCUCAUUUUCAUCAUCCAAGGCCUCAUGGUUCGAGAGUUGUUCGCACUUGCCGUGGAGGUGCGCAAGGAGAAGGACGUUCCAUGGUUUCGGCUGCAGCAGUGGUACUUCUACGGGACCGCGGUUUUUUUCACAUACGGAAGGUUUUUGAAGCACAAAUGGCUCGAGUCAUCCAUCGUGAAAGAUCCGGAGCGUCUGGGUGCGUUCGGUCUGUUCAUGUUUGCACACCACUCGUUCAUCUCCUACAUCGGGUGGAUGGUCGGGUUGGUGCUCUUCGUCCUGUCGCUGAGAUCCAGGGGUCUGUAUCUCUACCAGUUCGGACAGUUCGCGUGGACGCACAUGAUCAUCGUGACGAUACUCAUGCAGAGUUCGUGCUUUGUGGCGAACGUCCUCGAGGGCAUGAUUUGGUUUGUGUUCCCAGUGUCAAUUGUAUUUUUCAACGACGCCGCGGCGUACAUGUGCGGCUUCUUCUUUGGCCGAACCCCGCUCAUCAAGAUAUCCCCGAAAAAGACGUGGGAGGGGUUCAUCGGGGGUCUCAUAGUGACCCUUAUCGUCGCGCCCUUCGCGGCAGCGUGGAUGCAGAAGUACGAGUGGCUUAUUUGUCCGGUUGACGAUAAGUCCCCACUCCGCCUGUUUGGGGGUGCCAGUGGUUGCGACGUCGACCCCUUGUUUGUGGCAAAGGAGGUUACGGUGGGGUCCAUCGUCGGUGGAUUCGAAUCCGCGCUCGGUUGGAUGGUACCGCACGGAUGGGUCGCGACGGUGGCGAGGGCCUUGUUCGGCCUCGAGACGGUGCGGGUGUCGUGGUUCCAGGUGCACGCCGUCGUGUUCGCCUCGUUUGCGAGCAUCAUAGCGCCGUUCGGAGGUUUCUUCGCGUCCGGGUUCAAGCGGGCGUUCAAGAUCAAGGACUUCAGCGACACCAUCCCCGGUCACGGUGGGAUCACCGAUCGGAUGGAUUGCCAGAUGGUCAUGGCUCUUUUUUCCCACCUGUACAUCACGAAUUUCAUCCGGCAACCAGGUUUGAUGACCGUUGGGCAGCUCCUCUUGAAGAUUGAGUUUCUGACAAACGAGAACUUGCUGAGGCUGUACAAGGCUGUUGGGAAGAUGAUCGUGACAAGAGGCUUGAAACUUCCGUGA